AUGGAGCACUCACUGCCACUCAACAUGAUGGACGACAUUGAUGCGUUUCUGGAACUCGAAGCACCCGCUUACGGAUACGACGAGACCGAGCAAUAUCUCGACACUGCCAGCUCAUCUGAGACCACAAGCCCUAUCAUGUCAAAUUUUGAUAUGACGUUUGUAUCCGACUUCAAUGGCACAGAAAACAGCAUGUACCCCAGUCCAAUGAGCUCAACGCGCGACACGGCGUCACCGCAACCGUCUUCGGAUCCCAAAGCAGUUGCAUCCGCCGCUAAGCCACCAGCCAAGAGGAAGCGCGAAAACAGAUACAAGAAUGCCCCCCCCUCAGUCCUUUCGCGCCGCCGGGCACAAAACAGAGCCUCACAGCGGGCAUAUCGUGAGCGCAAGGACCAGCGCAUCAAGGACCUCGAGGUCAUGCUCUCGGAGCAGAAGCAGAAGAAUGACUCCCUCAGUCAGGCCUACUCGGCUCUCCAUGCUGAGUACCUCAAGGUCCGGGGAGCUCAAGCAAGGGCACACCAGCAGAUGCCGCGACACCACCCGGCCACCGCACCUCCGCCGCCGGUGGCUUACGAUCCGUCCUCCCACAUGGGCAUGCCAGCGGCCCAUCCCGGAGCCAUGGAGUACGCCGAUAACAUGUACAUGUAUCAGAACAUGCAGCCUUACGCCCUAUGA